AUGAGCCGCGUUGGUGUGCUUGAGUCAAGCCUUGACGGCAUCCUUAUUCAUUGUGUUCAGGAGAUAUCAAGGAAUCAAAAGAACAUCUUGCAUUUGCAUCUCGAGACACAUCCGCUCCCAUUCCAACCGUCUCCAGUGCUGGUGCAACUUCUACAAAACGACCGACGUAGGCGAAGCGGCAGCAUUCUCGCAGCAUCAGCCAAGCAGCGCAAGCAGCAACUGAAAAGUGCCGAUUAUUUGGACCGCAAGGCCUCGGAGGCUCGCCGUCAACUAGCUUCGGGGGUUGAGCGCGACUUCCGUCAGUUCUGUUAUCAUAUUAAAGUUUCCCCGGAUGAAGUAGUUCAACUACACGAGCAAGUUGGUCAGCAUCAUCAAAGCGAUAACCAACAAAGAGACGAUCCUGCUCCAGCAACCUCUCAUCCAAUUCCAGACGCUGCAUCGACCACAGUCUCAAUCGAGGAUACCUUACGUUUACACCUCGCACACGAAUGGGUGCACCAGGAGCGGUUUAAUAUCCAGGAAGCGUUCACCAACCAAACCAAGAAGCUACAAGAGGACUUGGAUACUUUUUUGGACCAACAGGAGGCUGAGUUCGGUGAGGAGCGGCAGAAGGUGUUAAACGCAUCCAUACAAGAACGUCCAGCACCACAAAACAAGUCGAUUACGCUGAAGCAACAGCGUCGCAAGACUAACACGCAAUUUCAGAGCAAUACCAAGCGAGGAAUGAUAGUGCAUACAGCGCCUCUUUUACGAAUUGAGCCAACGGGGGACGGAGAGGACAAAGUGCAAUGGACAGCAAGCUCAGCUAUCCGCAGGCCAUGGAGAACACGCAGUGAUGUGGACAUAACUCAAGAGAGGUUGGAUGAGCUUGAGAGGCGGUUGCGGAUUCGCAAAGAGGUAGCCGAAGCAAAACGCAAGGACGGUAUGCAAUGGAUCGGCCGGCAGUGUGCUCACUUGUUUGCCCAGGUAGACUGCAAAGAGACUGAAGCCAGAGUCGCCGCGAUGGUAUUGGAAGAGGAGCUCAAGGAGCUCGGCACACUGCGUGCUCGAGUCUCUGAAAUAUCGUCCAAUCUCGAGAGGGUUUGCAACGAACAGAAUAGCAAGCUAAGCAACGGCUUGCCUCGGCUACCAAGUUCGAAUUCGGCGAAGAGAAUGCCACAGACGAUCGAGAAAAACACUGAGUAA